AUGCAUACAGAGGGGUACAUUUACGUAUGUAUAUGUCCCCCUUUGGCAACUUUCCACUUGCACGUGCACUUCCACUUGCACUUCCUCUUUUUUUCCCCGACCGUGGUGCGAGAUGAUUCCCCUUUUGAUGUUAUUCGUUGGUGGGAGUUGACCCAUCUUGUGUAGUGUCUCCCCAAUUUGAUGUCCAACGGGGUGGGUCAAAUGGAGGGGAAAAAAAAAAAUAAAAAACGCAUCACAGUUAUACUAACCAAUUGCACAGCGCGUGUGAGCACCCAGACCGAUUCGUCUUCCCCCCCGAAAUGCAUACAUGGCGAAAGGGGGUCUCCUCUUCAUGGGGGAGAGAUACAAUGGUACCAGAACUUACCCAUGUGGGGAAGUACCCCUUUUGCGCCUACCGCUCGUUCGCGCUGACCCUUUAAAUCAUCUCCGCGUGGGCAAAGAAAACGGGUGUAGCGUUAUACAGGCCAAGUUCAACCCACGUGGGAGGGCAUCGUAGCGGGUAAAGGCGAUCGUCCCGACUGAGCGCACGUCAUAUGUGUACAACGGGCGAUUGUAAAACUGUGCGCAGUGGGGGUAUCCACUUUGGUUUAAAAAAAAAAAAAAAAAAUUACCACCCUAGCUGAGAGUAGCUUCCAAGCAGUUCACCGCACGGAGAAAAAAAGGCUCACCAAAGAGGGACCACAGAAGAGGAGCCCCAAAAGAGGAACCACUGAAGAGGAGCCCCAAAAGAGGAACCACUGAAGAGGAGCCCCAAAAGAGGUGUUUUCUUUUUUUGGCAAACGAAAACCCCAUUGCGGCGGCUCACCGUUUCGCCCAUUCGCAUGUGCGCGAGGAGUGCCCGCAAGUCAGCCGCCAAGCAGAUAGCCCCUUCUUCUCCUGCAAGCACCCCCAACCGCCAAGAUGGAAAUCCUGCCGCUAAGUGACUGCUCAGGGGAGAAGAAGCAAGAGGAGAGGGAAGCCGUAGUGGAACAUGGCCGCGGGUUCAAGAGGUGGAACCCGUACGUUGACAAUGGAGGAACCGUCAUCGGAGUGACCGGCAAGGACUACGUCAUCCUGGCCGCGGACACGAGGCUGUCCCUGUCCUACUCAAUUUACACCAGGCAUUGCCCCAAAAUAUCAAAGCUAACGGAUAAGUGCAUUAUCGGCUCCUCCGGGAUGCAGUCCGACAUUAAGACGUUACACUCGUUGUUGAAGAAAAAAAUUGAACUGUUCGUGCUGGAGCACGCGCACUACCCGGACAUCCACGUCAUAGCGAGGCUGCUCUGCGUGAUCCUCUACAGCAGGAGGUUUUUCCCCUACUAUACGUUUAACCUGCUGGCUGGAGUGAGCAACGACAGUAAGGGAGUCCUCUACAAUUACGAUGCUAUUGGGUCUUAUUGUGAAGCGACUCACUCCUGCGUUGGAAGCGGGUCGGCACUCAUCCUCCCCAUAUUAGAUAACCGAAUGGAACAGAAGAACCAGCUGAUCAAAAACUUAAAUUUCAACCUGAGGGACGAUCUCGAUUUUGUGAAAGACGCGAUUACGUCGGCCACGGAGAGGGACAUAUACACUGGGGAUUCAACGGAGAUUUAUAUUAUCGACCAGAUGGGCGUCAACACCACCUCGCUGGAGCUGAAGCAGGACUAGGGGAGAGUUGAGCGGUGGGCGGUGAGCGGUUCAGGGGGGUUCGCCAAUGUGGCCUCAUUUGUGUGGAUUCACCUUUGUGGCCUCACCUAUGUAGCUUCACCUAUGUGGCCUCACCUAUGCCUUUUCCCCCGCGAAGAGCGCUGCCCCUUCCCUUCGCAAGCUCGUCAAAAAAAUGGGGGCACCGCACAGGUAGGUGACACCCCCUGCCACGGUGCCCAUGUUGCAUGUGACUACAUUUAGCUGCGCUUAACUGCUAUUAGCUGCGUUUUCCGCGCUUUCCGCGUUUUUCCCUUUUUGCGAACCACGAAAUGUUAACUGUGCGGCGUGCACACGGAGGAGAACAAAGCAAAAGCGCACCCAAGU